GCCUCCUUCCCGACCAUCGCGGGGAAGACCGUCCAGAAGGAGGAGGUCGUGAUCACGUACGAGACCAUGUAUAGCAUGGCGGGCCUCCCGAUUCUGGACGAGGACGGCGACGGGCUUAUGGGGGGACACUCCGCUCGGCUGGGAGGUGCCGGGAUGCUAGCGUCUGUCGGCUUGCACGUCUACCAGAUCGAGCUCAUUGCGAGAUGGCAUUCGCCCAUGUUGCUAUACUACGCCAAGGAGGCCCCGCUGAAUAAGAUCACCCAAGACUUUGUCGAGAAGAAGAGCCUCCUGCACGUCAACGAGGCCAUUCACCAGCUCGAGUCUAAGAUCAACGACGUCGACAGCAGGGCGGCGGCGGCGCUUGAGCGUGAGAUCCGCAACCUCAGGAACGGGAUCUGCGCGCCCGAUAAGGGCGCCACGAUCAAGAACAAUGCGACUGGCUCCUGGCGCAAGGCGGCGGUCGAGGGCUUGCACAUCUCCCCGGACCUGUGGCGCACCAAGUGCGGCUGGAAGUUCGGGCGGGGCACCUACUCCAGGAUCGACGGCGGCAUCCCCGCGGGCGUCGACACCAAACGCGUGUGCGAGAA